CCUCAAGCGCCAUCUGUCGAGACAGUCAUGCACCGUGCAACAUUCGGCGAUACAAAUUCCGGAGUUCAGAUCGGAGCGAACAGUGGCCCGAUCAACGCAAAUUUUUAUUCUGGCACGGAACGACCAGAAACCCCGCCGAGUCCACUCUCAACGGUUCCUUUUCGUCGGGAUCCAGAUUUCCUUGAUUGUGGGAUACUCGACAAUGAUAUUAGGCAGAAGGUCUCGGUGCCAGCAUCUAGGGUGGCACUGGUCGGCCUGGGUGGUGUUGGAAAAUCACAACUUGCCAUCGAAUACUCCUACCGUGUGCGCGAUCAAUCGCCGACGACAUGGGUAUUUUGGAUCCAUGCCAGUAACUCGACCCGGUUCGAGCAGAGUUGUCGAGAGAUUGCUGACCGUGUGAAAAUCCCCGGUCGGCGAGAUCGCAAUGCGAACAUUUUUGAACUCCUUAAGGAUUGGUUGCAUGAUAAGAAAAAGGGGGAAUGGCUUCUCAUCCUCGACAAUCUCGAUGACGAUACUUUUCUUCAACAACCACCACCUGCAAGGCAGAGCAGGCCAGAAGACGCUUCAAGGGGCAUCUCAGAGCGAACUAUCUGGGAAUAUUUCCCUCAGAGCCUGCCUGGUUCGAUUCUCGUGACGAGCAGAAGCACAGAUGCAAUUUCCAGCAUCGUCGAAGACGAAGAUAUUGUUAUCGUCGAGCCGAUGGGCGAAACUCAUGCAGCAGCCCUGUUCAGCAAGAAGCUAGCGGGGAAAUUGCAGUUCCAUGCUCGAGAAGCUUCCCAGUUAGUUACAGCACUGGAUUUCAUGCCGCUGGCAAUCAUCCAAGCCGCAACAUAUAUCAAGCAAAGAGCACCCCGUGUCUCGGUCCCACGGUAUCUGGAAUACCUCCAGGAAAGCGAUGACAAUAAGAUCAUUCUUCUCAGUCACAAAGGGGGCCAUCUGCGCCGAGACCGGGAAGCGAGGAAUGCCAUUUUUCUCACUUGGCAGAUCACCUUUGAUCAUCUUCGUCAAGUGAGGCGUACGGCAGCGGACUUGCUAGCUCUGAUGAGCUUUUUCGAUAGACAAGGAAUCCCUGACAUAGUCCUCCGUGAUCAACCCGGAUCGAAUGACGCGGAUCCCCUCAAUGCACCCGGUUCCAGUCACAAUAGACACGGCAAAUUCGCCUUAAUCGACACAUUCGAGGAGGAUGUCGUUGCAUUGAGAAAUUAUUCCCUAAUAAGCAUCAGCACUGAAGGAAUGACCUUCGAAAUGCACCGGCUUGUCCAGCUAGCCAUCCAAGACUGGCUCAAAGCUCAGCAACAGCUGGACGUCUGGAAAGCGUCGUUUGUCCGGAGACUAUCCGCUCAUUUUCCAUCUGAGAUGUCUGAAACCGAGGCACGGUGUCAGUUGCUAUUUUCUCAUGUGAAACACGCUUUUGUCCAGAUGCCAGAAGACGUGAUACCAGAAUGGGCCAUACUCCUUGAAAAUGCAGGACAGUACGCCUCGGAGAUUGGAGACGUCCGUAGUGGCAUACAAAUGACGCAGACCGCUAUCGAAUCACUGAAGAGACUAUUUGGCCCAGACGAUAUGAGGACAAUCCACUGUAUUGCAUCUCUCGCUUCGGUAUAUUUCAAUGCCGGGCAAUUUGACGAAGCGGAAAAGUGGCAAACGCACGUGAUCCAUGCCCUAGAGAAAGAGCUAGGGCCAGCAGAUCUACAUGUGUUCGCCGUGAAGUCAGACUUAGCAUUGACCUAUUAUCUCCAGUGUCGCCUACUGGAUUCGGAGAGACUAGCCAUGCAGGCAAAGAACCACUUUGAACGGGGUCUCGGGAUAGAUAACCCGGGAUAUAUAUUUGCUACUGAUAUUUUAGGAGCAAUAUACCGACAUCAGGGACGAUUAAUUGAGGCUGAAAUGCUGGGGAUCGAAGAGAUAGAAAUCUCCAAGCGCAUUCUUGGGCCAGAUCAUACCUCUACUUUGGUCCGUAUGCGGAAUCUGUCAAGGACAUAUUUCAAGCAGGGACGCUUGAAAGAAGCUGAGGAUCUACAAUUACAGACCGUGAAGGCCGUGAAACGGAAACUAGGGAUGGAGCAUCCAUUCACCCUGACUUGUCUGGGUACUCUGGCAUCAAUAUACCAUGGUCAGGGGCGGCUAGAAGAAGCGGAACAGAUGAGGCUGGAAAUACUGGAAAUUUGUGAGCGAGUUCUUGGACCUGAUCACCCUGAUACUCUAGUCAUCAUGAAUGGGUUACCUACUAGACACCUCGAAUCUUCUUCAAGGAGGGAAUUUGUAAAUAGGAGGUGGAAUGAUUAAUAUCAUUGUUGCUUCUAAUACCCAGACUGAUCUAACAGAAAAAUCAACAGAAAUCACCAGGCCUA